AUGAUCGAUUUUAUAUUUGCAGUUGGACAUACACAACAUUGGCAUUCAUUAAAUAUUAAUCAAAAUAGAAAACAUUAUAGUUAUCUUGGUACUUUAGGUAGUGGUGCUGUAACUAUGUUACAAGAGAAUUUAGGUGCUGGUGUUUAUUAUAAUCCAUAUGUUAAAAUCGAUGAUAUGAUGAUAAAAUAUGGUGUUGUAUCAAUAGAUAAAAUGUGUAAAGAUUUAUUAAAUUGGGAAACACUUUAUUUAGCGGGUAGAAUGCAUAAACCUGUUAAGAUAUUAAAAGAUGAUCCAAGAGUUAGAUUAGCGCAACAAGUAAACUUAGCGAGUGCAUUACGUACUGCUUUACUUUUAUUACCAAAAGAUUUUACUGAAGAAAUUCUUUAUACUACAAUUUCUUCUUUAUCAUAUAAAGGUGAUUUUCGUACAUAUUUUGGAGAAAAUCCAAAUAAAAUAAAGAAUGUUGUAUCAAAACAGAUGAAACAGUUUAAUUUAUUAUAUGGAGGAUUAAUUCAAGGGUUACCUACGGUGAAUUUUGUUGCAAAUGGAAUGUUACAGCAAGAUGAUAGUCCAAAAGCAAAGGCACAGAUGAUACAAAAAUUACCCAGAGUAUUAAAACAUAAAAUACAAGAAGAACAUAGGAUGGUAUUGGCUAGUAAAGGAAUUCAAUGGCCAAUAGAUGAUUUAGAAGCUUGUAAAAGUAUAGUUAAUUCGGGGAAUUAUAUUGAAUAUAUUAAUACUAGUCUGAAAGAAAUUGUAUUUAGACCCACAUUAUCACAAAGUCUUAAAGGGAUACUAACGGCUGGAUUAUCUAAAAGCGUAAAGUAUACUUCUAGUAAAAUAGGAAAAUGGAUUUCAAGACCACAAUGA